AUGGCCGCGAACUUUGGGGAGAAAUUGCUGGCGGAGGUGCAUGAGGAGAGUUUGGACGAGCUCCUGCAUGACUUGAGUUGCCUCUAUGAGAGCAGCAAUGACACCCCGAGAAAGCGCCUCGGAAUCCAACCACUUGAUGACCUGCUGAGAGUAUUUAUGCCACUUCCUGCUGUUGCUCCCUGGACACAAGCACAACAUCAACCCCUAGAGCCGACCAUUCCUGCUGACCAAGAGGCGCAAGAGCAACUCUAUCACGAAGGACCACCCGUCCGAUCGGAGCCAGAACAUGAUCUAAACACUUAUACCACAGAGCAGACCCUCCUACCAGCCCGUAUUAAAAAUACGGACCCAGUCGUGGAGAUUUCGAGCACAUCAUCUGGCGCCGGCAAAACCCAGACCCUGUAUUACUUGACUGCCAUUGCGAUCUUACCGCCUGAGUUUCAUGGCGUCAAGCUCGGACGGGGGUCUGCAGUCGUCUUCAUCGAUGCGGAUGGCCGCUUUGACGCUGAGCGACUUCUGACCGUGGCCCGGGGAAUUGUGCGCAAGAAAUUCAAGACUCAGAAUGAGAAUGUAGAGGUGACAACUACAGGUGUGCCUGUGUAUACCGAGGAAGACCUCAACGCCCUGCUGGUGACCUCGCUGCAACAUGUGCACGUCUUCCGCCCUCAGUCUUCCACCGCUCUUCUAUCUACGCUCCAGUCCAUGGACACCUAUCUUUUCGACCUGACACGACAUUUUUCAUCUACUCGCCCGCUCCACGCCAUCAUCAUCGACAGUGCAAGCGCCUUCUUCUGGCUGGACAAACUACACGACGAAGUUGCCCGUACAGAGGACAUCGGACGUCCGUACGAAGAGAUCGAGAGCGAACGGCGCGAAAGGAAGAGCUUUUAUCUUUUCGACAUGUAUGCGGAUCUCGUCGCGGAAUUGAAACGCCUGCAACGACUGUUCAGCUGUGCAGUCGUUUACACCACCAUUGCAUGGAGUGGGAGGUCCAUGCCCGGUCAAUUCUCUACGUCCGGGCCUUCUGGACCCUUUCCCCUGUUUGACCCCUCAGAUGUCCCUGUCUCGAGGACUCCGUCGUUCCGGUCUUCGCUUCCGGGGCCUUGGGGAGUGUUUCCGACUUUGCGGCUUGUUGUUCAGCGGGAUGUGGUUCGGUCUUUUUUGCCUGCGAUGACGGUGCAUCAGGCACAGCGAGAGGCUCCGAUGCGGCACGAGGUUGUCAUGAAAGGGCGGUUUGUCGGAUGGGUGAACGGCUGGGGCCGCGAGGAUUGGCCCCGGAGAGUGAUGGAAGGAUUGGACGAGAUGGAUGGAGGGAUGUUUGGGUUUUCUGUUGGGACGGACGGAGUGAACUUCGAUUGA